AUGUCGCAUUACGGUGGCCCGCCCAACCAGCAGUACGGUGGUGAUCAUUACGGCCAACAGGGCCAGGGCUAUCCUCCUCAACAAGGAUAUGGCGGCCCCCCACCUCAAGGCUACUAUCCCCCAGAGGUAAGAGAAAUGCGCAUAAUAAUGCUGAACUAUGCACCGUUCAAUCCUGAGAGCCUGCACAUCAUACUAACUUUCUAUAACAGCAUCAGCAACAAGGAUACGGUCAGCAACAGCAAGGCUAUGGACAGCCCCCUCAGUAUAAUCAGCAGGGCUAUCCUCCCCAAUACAACGAACAACCUCAACACGGCCAAUAUCCUCCUCAACAAGAAUAUGGUGGCCCCCCCGCAAGACCGUGGCCACUCGCCCUAUCCCCCGCAACAGCAUCAACAGCAGUACCCGCCCCAAGGCGCAAGUGCCUCAUACUACGGCAACGCACCUCCUCAGGGGCAAUAUGGAAAUGCGCCUGGGCCCGGCGGUCCGGAAGGCGAGAAGGGUCUCGGCUCGACACUCGUUGGUGGCGCCGCGGGUGGUUUCGCUGGCCACAAGCUGGGAGGUGGAUUCCUUGGUAGCGCAGCUGGAGCGGCCAUCGGCGCUGUUGGUAUGAAUAUGGCAACCCAUGAAUAG